AUGGCCAAUGUGAAUGUCAAUCAGAACUUGGAUAAUGUUGAUGUUAUGGAAAUUGAACCAACCAAAGUUAAUCAACCAUGGCCUACUAAAAAUGAGACAAUUUUUAUUGAGUUAAUGGAUGAGCAAGUUGCCUUGAAAAAUAGGUCAAAUACCACUUUCACUCGACACUCAUGGAACUACAUACUUCAAGAGUUGAAACGAAGGACUGGCUAUGCAUGUACCCAUGAGCAACUUAAGAACAAAUUUAAUGCUCUAAGUCAAGUUUGGAAGGAUUUUCACAAACUAGUUACAAACACCACAGGGCUGGUCAACAAGCGAGCAAAAAAAAUUAAGAAAAAAGGUUGCCCAUAUUAUGAGGCAUUGUAUAGAAUCUACCAAGACACAAUAGCAACCGGUAAACAUGCUCACCCAUCAACCAAACCUCCAUUUGGUAAUGAAGAGGAACAUAAUCCCAACUAUGACCCAAAAGAUGAGGAAGCUAAUGAAAAUGAUGAUGAUAACCCAGUGGAUACCAAAUGUAAUCGAAGCCGAUCUACCACUCCAACUAGUAGCCAACAACCAAAAAGAGAAACUUAUGGUCGUGCCCUUACCAGUGCACUCACUAUGUUAGCCAAUUUUGCUAAGCUUAGGGCAAGCUACUACAAGAAAAAAAUUGGCAAGUGGUGGUGA